UCCGCGUGCUUUUCAUGCGCUUCAUAUUUUGGUCAGUUGUGGCGCAGCCGGCAGUCUCGUGCAGUUUGACCUUUGAGGUUCACCCUCCACCCUCAGACUGCAGCUGAAAGUUGGAUUUAAUGGAAAACUGUUGGUCUGUUUUCCGCUGUGCGUAAAGUGGUUCGCUCUACAUCAUGUGCAGCAGUGUUUUGGUAAAAACCCUGGAGGACCUGAGCCUAGACUCAGGCUAUGUGGCCGGGGACCCAUGCCCGUCCCUCAGCCUGUCCUCCGGCAGGUCGGGGCAGUCUCAGGCGCACACGUGCACUCCUCACCGGGGUACCUGGUGGCAGCACGCCGGCUCCCUUUACAGCAGGAACGGCAGCUGGGACACGGUGAGCACGCUGCCGGAGGACGCGGCGGACAUCCUGGCGAAGUGCCCCUGCCUGCCCGAGCUGGAGGAGUAUCCCUGGACCGAGCAGGAGCUGUGGGAAGUAGUGCGUCGAGUCGCCGGUUCGGAUGCUGCUUUCACCGGAGAGGCCGUCCACCUGCUGUCCGUUCUGCUGCGGAGGGCUUUGGUGCGGGUCUCCCGGGAGGCGCAGCGGCUGAGUGAGCUCCACAGGCGGUGCACGCGUCUGGAGGUCCAGAGCGCAGCGAGGCUGGUGCUGAGCUGGGGUCUGGCCGAGAAGUGCAUCUCCUCCGCGGUGAAGGCUGUAUCCCUGCACUGCAUGAGCUCCGGGGACACCGCGCGUCAGCGCAGCAAGUCCUCGCGCUGCGGGCUGACUCUCUCCGUGGGCCGCUUCUUCAGGUGGAUGGUGGAAACACGCGUGUCGGUGCGUGUUCACGAGUACGCCGCCGUCUGCCUGGCAGCCUGCGUGGAGAGUUUGACGGAGGAGGUGGCCGGACGGGCGCUGCAGGCGGCGAGGCUGACCGCGGAGCAGGAGCAGGAGGAGCGGGUCCGCGGGCUCACCUGCUGCCCGGUGACCGUGGAGCUGCUGGAGGGAGCCGUCAACAACGACGCGGAGCUGUGGGGACUGCUGCAGGUCUACGAGCAUCUGAUAUGUGGCAAAAAUGCUGAUGGUGAGCUGUCGCUGCCGGCUCACGUCAGCCCGUACACGAAGGUUCCUGAGGGCUCAGUGGAGAGCAGGGAGGACGCCUACAUGCAGCUGGAGCUGCGCACGUUGGAGCAGGGUCUGCUCGCCACCUGCGUGGGCAGCAUCACAGAGCUCAGUGAUCUGGUGUCUCGAGCGAUGCGCCACAUGCAGCGUCUGCGCAGCUCGAGCCCUUCCGUCGGCUCGGCUCGCUCGGCCAAUCGGACGUCAGUAUCCUGGGCGCCGGACGCGCUGCGAACGCUCUACUACUUCCUUUCCAGCCCGCAGAUGGAGUCGCUGGAAAAUCCCAACCUGGAGCCUCCGACCAUGGCGCUGAACAAAGAGAGGCCAUUCCUGCUCCUCCCUCCUCUCAUGGACUGGAUCCGAGUCGCCGCGGUGCACGCCGAAUAUCGCCGCAGCCUGCUGGUGGACAGCGAUGAUGUCAGACAGACAGCCAGGCUGCUCCUCCCAGGAUUGGACUGUGAGCCCAGACAGUUAAAGUCCGAGUGCUGUUUCCAGUCGUUUAAGAGUCUGGAUGCAGAAGCUGCUUCGGCCAAGUUCCGGCUGGGUUUGGGCUUCAGGAUGCUGUCGUGUGGCCGAGCAGAUUUGGUCCAUCGGGCCACGCGGCUGCUGGGAGCCGAGGGGGUCAACGCCAUGGACGACCAGGGAAUGACUCCUCUGAUGUACGCCUCUGCGGCCGGAGAUGAAGCUCUGGUGCAGAUGCUCAUAGAAGCCGGAGCUCACCUGGACCUGCAGGUCCCAGGCUGCUCUGGCAGACCCCCCUCGGUUCACCCCGGCAGUCGGCGCUGGGUUGCUCUGACGUUCGCUGUGCUGCACAGUCACCUGUCUGUGGCUCAGCUGCUGUUGGAGGCCGGAGCAGACGUGGAGGGAGGAGUCCUGCUGGACGGCCAGGAGAGCUCAGCUGAGACGCCGCUGCAGCUGGCGGCUGCUGCAGGCUUCUACGAGAUGGUGAGCUUGCUGCUCACCCACGGAGCGGACCCUCUGCUCAGAGUGCAUCAUGGGAACUCACUGACGUCACCGCUGUAUGAGGACAUGAACUGCUUCAGCUAUGCUGCGGCACACGGACACAGGAACGUCCUGAGGAGGCUGCUGCUGCAGCCGCGGCACAGGAAGGAGGACAUCCUCUCUCUGGAGGAGAUCCUGGCCGAAGGAGUGGAGGAGUCCGACCACCGUGCAACAACUCCUGACUCCCCGAGUCCUGUUCCCAGACUGUGCAAGGCCAGGAUGAAGGCCCUGCAGCAGGCGGCCUACUACAGCGCCGAGCACGGUUACCUGGACGUUACCAUGGAGCUCAGAGAGAUGGGUGUUCCCUGGAGGCUCCACACCUGGCUGGAGUCUCUCCGCACGGCCCAGCAGCUGUGCAGGGACCAGGUUACCGUCUCCCUCCUCGCAGAGUUCCCCUCCAUCAGGACGGAGGACUACAGCCCCGAGCUCCUCUCCGCGGGCGUCCCGCUCAUGUUCAGCAUGUUAGAGACCAGCAAGGACUACGUGGUAACCAAGCGGCUGGCGUCCGUGUUUUCUCACCUGUACGGCAGCUCUCCUGUUCCUGCCGUCCCGCCCGUGGACGUCACUCUGUCCACGCAGCUCGACAUUCAGUUCCUGAACAGCCAGGAGAUGUCAGACGUGACGUUCGUGGUGGACGGGCGUCCGUUCUUCGCUCACCGGGUGCUGCUGAUGUCGGCGUCUGAACGCUUUCGACGGAUGCUCCGCGAUUCCCCCGACGGCGUCGUCCACAUCAGUCACGUGACCUACGGCACGUUCCAGCUGAUGAUGAAGUCUCUGUACUGUGGAGGAACAGAAGGUCUGACUGUCUCACUCUCUGAAGCCACGAAGCUGCUGCCUGCGGCGUCGUACUUCCAGCUCAGAGGUCUGCAGAGAUGCUGCGAGACGAAGCUGUCGCGAAGCGUGAGCGUGGACGCCGCCGUCGGCAUCUACCGGACGGCAAAGCACCACGGAGGAGCUGAACUCUGCAGGUUUUGUGAAGGAUUCUUCCUGCAGAACAUGGACCGGCUCCUGGACCAGGAGGACUUCCACCGCCUGCUGCUGGGCGCCGCGGGUCAGGAGCCGCUGUGCCCGGGGACGAGCGCCCGGGACCGGGACCCGCCGGCCCUCCUGAGGGUUCUGGAGGCGACGCUGAUCCGCAGACUGUCCGGCCUCCACCCUGCGUGUCGGGAGUAGACAGAACGCAGCCACACUGGUAUGUGUGUUCGGGAAAAGUAGCCAUAAACUGUUUUACCUUCAUCUUCUGAGGAAGAGUAGAACACACCCAUCCUAUGGAUUAAUCCUGACAGGUGAUGACCUCGAUCAAUCAGUUUUAACCCAUGAGGUCAUUCAUUGAGAGACUUGAUGUCACUGAGGCUUCACUUGUGUCUGGACUCUGGAAACUUUAAAAGCCAUUUCACCACGAGCCUUCUGUUAGAGUUCACUGUAGGUCAUGUAUCACCUGUACAGAUCAGAGUCCAGUCGAAUCACAGCAACACGUCGGCAGGCAGGUGUUCACUCACCUCUUCAAGCUGCUGCAGAGAAACGUUUCUGCUGCUCCUCUUCGUCAGUAUGUUUGUUUAACCAUCAUGUCGUCUUUGAAUUUUAUUAGUUGAUUUCUGUAGAUGGUACGGUUUGUAGAAUAUAUCGAAUGUAUAACAGUAAAUAUAAUGUGGAGGAAAGAAUUCAGUUUUAUCAAACUCAUGACGUUCAAAGCUGAAAGGCUGAAGCUGACAGAAAAAAACAAACCAGUUAAUGAACCAUGAAGGAGACAUGCGGCGCUGCUUAAAGGAUAACUUUGGUUUU